AUGCGCGCUUCAGUACUCGUUGCACUAUCGUCCUUUAGUCUUGUGGCUUUCGGCUGCACCACAGUGACCAAGGUCACCCAUACCUACUACGGGUACCCCGAUAAUGACCCUCCAGGUCCGGCAACUGCCUACGACUGCGGCCGUGGUUUCAAGGCUGGCGGUACGGGCACCUAUGCCGACCCCCUAACCUUUGCCUCUGCCCCUGGCGAGUUCAACCAGUGUGAGAUCAUAUACGAUCCGUACACGAAAAAGUACUUGCGCUUCGAGGACUUCUGCGCUCAGUGCGACACCGACUGGAAGGCUAGCCCGCGCAUCAACCACAUCGAUCUCUGGACUGGCAGUACCACUGUGAAUGGUGGCCAGGAACAAAUCCAAUGUGAGAACGAUCUUACGCCAGCAGAGAGGAGCCAGACUAUCGUGAGACAGCCGAGGCAGAAUCUCCCAGUGGACAGUAAGUCGCGAGCCAUAACGAGGCUCCGGGAAGAGGCUGACAUGCAAUAUCAGCGACCAAACUGUACGUCAAAGGUGCCAGCCCGGCCUGCCGAACCAGCCACGUCUUCCCCAGUUACAACAUUGGCGACUAUUGCUAGGCCCCAUAGAGUAUUUUCCAGGGUCCAAGAGGUUCAGUGCGAUUCGUCCGAUGGACUCGGUAACUUCACAGUCGUUUCCGUAUCAUAG